ACUCAUCACCUACUAUGCGGAUGUUUUUACAUAGAAUUAAGGUUUUAAUGGCAUAGUUUACAUUUUUUUUAUCAUGUAGACAUUGUACAAUGAUAUCUACAAACCGAAUUUUACUGUUUGUUGCGACUGUGAUCCUGUGUGGUUUGUUAUUUGGGCUCGAAUUGGGCCUGAUCUUAUUAAUAACUGCAGUUGUUUGUUAUAACAGUUAUGAACCAUUCAGUAAUGGUAACGAUUUAGAAAACCACGACGACUAUUUGGAAGAUGAACUAGAAGAAGAAUGUAAGCUGCAUCGUGAGGGGUCAGAAACGUCCAUAAAGUUGAAUGCAGUUGCAGCCAAAAAGGAGGGAAAGAAGAUGAGUCUGUGGCAACCACGGAAAUCUGCAGCAGCCAGUGUCAGAAUUGCGAAACCAGACCCAAAUUCUCCAAAGAGACUCUCCAAUGUAAACAAUCCGUCGGCAAGACCUCCAUUACGAUAUACAGGUAGUCCGUUCGGAAAGUCAACAUUACGACCUGAUAAUAAUGUAAAUGAAGACCGGGAAAAUACUAGUUUGUGGGGAAAUCCAUACAGCCCAACGGCCAAGAGAAAACCUGCACGUCCUUCACACCAAAGUAAUACAUCAGCAGGCCCAUUGCUGUCCUCGCCAUUUUUACCUAGGGUGAAACGGGCCAUCGGUGUUGGAGAGGCAGCUUUGCUUCAACAACAAUCCCAUAGCCCUAGGAGGAGUAACUAUGGCAUGUCCGGGGGAAGAGUGUUCAGUCCUCAGCACAAAGCCCUGCCCUAUCCCAGCGCCUCUUCGCCAGGUUUGAUGCCACUGGUUCGUCUUGGAAGACACGAGAAACCCAUUCUAAAUGAGAACAACUCUAACAUGGUCCACAGCCCUGUAACUGUUAAGAUAGCUGCACCUAGCCCGAGAAGGCUGAAUUAUACAAGUCGGCCAUCCUUGUUACAAGAAGACCGUGAGGGGGUGAUCAGGAGAGCCCCAGACAAAGAGACAGUGUUGUCUGCUCUAAGGGAGAAAAGCCGUAAGAGAGGUAUUCAAACUCAGGAUGAGUCCGUGUCAGACGUCAAUGAUCAGCAGUCCAAAAGGAGAAAACAGGAUGACUCCACAUCGUCGUCUUCCUCGAUGGUUUCUGAGCCUGAAUUUUUGGCAGAGCUGCCAGUGAAUGGCUAUUCCAACAUUCCCCUGCACAUGGCUGGUAUGAAGAGGCCGGCCACGCCCACUGUAGACCUAGAUCUGCAUGUAUCUCCGUCUUUGGACAGAAUCAUCAAGAAGGCAAAAAAGGAUACAAGAAACAACUCCAUUGUGAGCUCACUUAGCUCUAGCAGAAGAGGAAUGGCAAAAGAGAUGAAAGAAUUCCAGCGUGGAGAAAAAAGAAAGCCUGAAGAAGCCAACCAAUCAUUUGAGAUAGAACCAAUCAGUAAGCAAACCAGAACAGACAUUCAACUGCCAGCGUGUUCUGUUACCUCAAGCACUGUUCCUGAGGGCCGACCCCAGCCCCGUAUACCUGAGAAAAGUAAGACGUUGACGGACACACCUUCCCAGACCGUUCCACCUGUCACAGAAGAGAUCAAGCCACCUCAGAGCCUCAAGAAGAAGAUACUGUGUGAUGCUGAACAAGCCAGCCAGAAAGUAAAGAAAGGGGUUGACAUUGAUUUUAUGUCACCAAGAUCAAAGCAGGUGAUGGCGUUAGAUGUGACAACAAACCCCGAGGACUAUGACCGGGAUCCUGCAGCAGUAAGACAGAGAGCUGUGGACAUGCUGGCUGACAUAAAUGGGGAGACAAACACCACCUCUGACAAGGACAAACUCAAAAACGGAAGUGGAUUUCCUGUUCAGAAUGGACAACCAACUAGUCUGGCAAGCUCUUCUGCAAGCCUGUUAACCACAACUGCCCCCACCGCCACCACCACAUCAACGUCCACAAUACCAGGAGGGUCUGCUCCCAGUACUUUGACAGCUCUGUUGAAUACAGAGGAUAAAACCAAUACUGGAUCCAGUUCUGGUGGAUUACUGUCUUCUGUGCUGUUCUCAUCCUCCGAAGAGACUGCAACCACAACUUCUCAAAUUGCAAGCACAGUAGCUCCAGUUUCUUCCACUUCAAACAUAGCAAGCGUAACAACUUCAACAGCAGCUGCAACAGUACAGAAUGGUGCAGCAACUAACACUGCCCCACAGUUCUCUUUCAAGCCCGUAUUUCCCGUGGCCUCCACAUCAACGGCAGUUGCAGGCACAUCUCAGCAAGGUGGCAUCAGUUUUGCCGGGGCAAAGACAACUGCUUCAACAGCACCCUCGCAGGCAUCAGGAACCAUCUCUACUGUUGCGGCAGGCUCUGCCACAGCUGCAGCUCCCAGUGCGUUUUCAUUUGGCGGUGCCACACAAUCAGAUGCCACAGCUUCAGCAGCUCUGGGGAGUUCCCAACCACCAUUAAACUUCUCCUCAGGAGCAACAGCAUCAACAGCUGUUCCCCAGAAGAGUACUGCAAACUCUGCCAUGUUUGGGUUUGGUCAGCCUUCCCAGUCUGCAGCUUCAUCUACGGCUUCAGCUGCCUCGUCAAACAGCACUGCUGCCCCUGCAUCUGCAUUCAGUUUUGGUGUUGCAUCCAAUCCCGCCAAACCAUCAGCUGCACCCGCACCAUUUACAUUUGGACAAACUCCAUCUUCGACUCAAGCUGCCACUACGCAGAGCACCCCCGUGGAGUUUGGUGCUUUCCAGUCAACAUCAACAACAGCUCCUUCCACAAACUCAUCCUUGUUUAGCUUUGGGUCUACUCAGAAACCAGCAGCAACGACGACAACGUCUGGCUUGGGUGCAGGUGGGUUUGGCAUAGCCACACCUGCAACCACAGCAGCUAAUUCACAAGUUUCUGGUUUUGGCGUUUCUUCCACAACUGCUAGCUCUCAGCAGACACCUGGAUUUGCAUUUGGUCAGUCUCAACCUACCACAAAUGCUACUACACAAAACACAGCAUCUAACCCAGCUACUGGGGGUUUUCUCUUUGGUACGACCUCAGCAACUACACAAAGUUCCACCCAGCCAUCAUCAGGUCUUUUCAACUUUGGAUCAGCUCCCUCAACCAAUUCAACACCUACAGCUGGUCUAAGUUUUGGCUCUAACUCUACUACCGCUCAGCCCAGCUCAACAGGUGGCUUUAACUUCAAUGUUGCUGCCUCAAAUACCACGCCGUUUGCUCAAUCUACCUCAAAGGGCUCAAUCUUUGGAGGUGCAACAACCACAUCACAGUCUUCAACUGGAGCCCCUGCGUUUGGAUCUCAGCCAGCAAGCACAGCUGCAGCAACCGGCUCUGUAUUUGGGUCAGGUGGAGGAAAUUUCAGUUUUGGCCAGAGCACAGCACCAGCAUUCGGACAAACUUCAACAACGGGAGCCUCAGCAGGAUUUGGCUCAUCAGCAGCAGCAACAACAACAGCACCAUCGACCUUCCAGUUUGGUGCAACAAAUUCUGCUGUCCAGUCCUCAUUUGGUAGCUCAGGACCAAGUUCCCAAGCCUCAUUUGGAAGCUCAGCACCAAGUUUCAAUUUUGGAACCAGCUCGAACAAUGCUUCCAGCACAGGAUCAGCAUUCGGAACCAAGCCCAGUUCCUCUCUUCCAGUGCCCACUUUUGGACAGUCUAGUGGAUCAGCAUUUGGGUCAUUUGGGAGUCAGCAGACCAGCAGUGUAUUUGGUGGCAGUCAGUCACAGCCUGCUGGAUCAGCUCCAAGCUUUGGUCAGGCCUCAUCAACAUCAGCCUUUGGCAGCUCUAGCCAGGGAUCAUUCAGCUUUGGUCAGGCUAGUAAUGCAGCACCAGCCACUCCUGUCAAAGGUUUUGACUUCACUGCUGCUGCUAGCGGAACCCCCAGUCUUCAGUUCGGAUCAUCGGGUAACCAGGUGUCCGGUUUCUCCACCCCGAAUCAGAAAACACCCGUCAUGAACUUUGGAUCAGUGACCCCAGGAGCGUCCACUCCGGCCUUUGGUGGAGGUGGAUUUGGGGCUCCUGCAGGCGGGAUGUUCAGCGUGGGUUCAGGCACGACUGCCCCAAGGCCCCGGUCACGAGCAAGGAGAAAGGGAAACAAGAGAUGAUGAGAGCAUGUAUAGACAAUACUUAAUGAGCAGAAUAAUCAUUAAUGUGUGUCUGUGUUAUCAGAUUCGUUAACAAUUUAGAAGUGUGCUAAGAUAAAAAUGCUUUCUUGGAACAUAGCUCUUACAUGUAUUAAAUCAUGUCAAAUGACUAUGAAACAUUGGUUGAUGAGAUAUAAGCUCUUUGCUGAGUGUGCAAUAGAUUAUGUGGCAACACUGGGAUGUUCAGUACCGAACAGUUUAUGGUGUCUGAACACCAUGACAUGAAGCCACUUUUGUCAUCUGUACAGGUCAACAAAUGUGUUCAUGCUGAGAAGUUCGUGCUACACCAUGUUGAGGUGUAGUCUUGUGGACAAGUAUGGCCGUGUUGAGGUGUAGUCUUGUGGACAAGUAUGGCCGUGUUGAGGUGUAGUCUUGUGGACAAGUGUGGCCAUGUUGAGGUGUAGUCUUGUGGACAAGUAUGGCCGUGUUGAGGUGUAGUCUUGUGGACAAGUAUGGCCGUGUUGAGGUGUAGUCUUGUGGACAAGUGUGGCCAUGUUGAGGUGUAGUCUUGUGGACAAGUAUGGCCAUAUUGAGGUGUAGCCUUGUGGACAAGUGUGGCCAUGUUGAGGUGUAGCCUUGUGGACAAGUAUAGCCAUAUUGAGGUGUAGCCUUGUGGACAAGUGUGGCCAUGUUGAGGUGUGGUAUUGUGGACAAGUGUGGCCUUGUUGAGGUGUAGCCUUGUGGACAAGUAUGGCCAUGUUGAGGUGUAGUCUUGUGGACAAGUGUGGCCAUGUUGAGGUGUAGCCUUGUGGACAAGUGUGGCCAUGUUGAGGCGUAGUCUUGUGGACAAGUGUAGCCUUGUUGGUGAGUAUGGCCAUGUUGGUGAGUAUGGUCAUUUUGAGGUGCGGUUAUAUUGAUGUGAUCAUGCAGCUACAUGGCCUUGUGGCCAUGUUGAGGUGCAGUCAUGUUGAGGUGUGGUCAAGUUGAUGAAUGUUGUCAUGUUGACAAGUGUAUUGACAGGUGGUGUUAUGAUGACAAAUCUGCUGAUGUUGCAAGUUUUUAGGCCAAAUUUUCUUUGUCUCACACAUGGCAUCGUCAGAAAUGUCUUGCUUACUCGCUUACUAGCUGAUAAGUACUUCUUAAAUCGUUUUGAUUACAAGAGUAUAAUCUGAGCUGUUAACCUGUGUAUGUGUGGAGGGAAGGGUCAGAUUUAACUUUGUGCUGACCGUGACCUGAUUGUAGAAGGGCAAAUCUGUACAGGUAACCUGAAAGUGUCCUCUCUACUAAGGUGGCAUUGGAAGAUUUCACCUUACUUGAUACAUGAACAAACCUGACAACUCUCAGAUCAAGAUGCAAAAUAGACAAAGUGCAGUUCCAGUGAAGUUGUGUUCAGGGUACAACUGUAGUUGCAAGCUGUGAUAAAGAGGGGAAAUGGAAUUAAAGGUUCCUUGUGGAUAUGGUAAACUAAUGGAAGGAUUAUUUUUUUGUGUAUAAAGAGAAUUAAGAGCCUAAUCAAAAGGAUAACAAGAGUGCAGACGGUACAUACAGACGAGUACCCACAGACCACUUCACACAGACUCGUACCCACAGACCACCACACACAGACCAGUACAGAAGUCAUGAGGUACUACAUAACGUAAGUUGACAUUCUGCAGCAGUGGCCUAGAAGAGGAUAUACAUGACUGAAGAAAGAGUCCAAUAAUACAAUUUUGCUCUGAAAGUCACAGACCUGAAAUGAUUGUGUUCUUUCAAAGAACAUGGUUUUAUUAAAUACUGAAAGUGCUUGGACAUUGUGAGGUUCUGUGAAUAUGAUAAUAGAUGUGGAUGCGAGUAUUACAGUUUACAAAGAGGUACUCUCAAAGCCUUUCAGUGUGGUUAAUUUGGAUAGCAUUGUUGGAACAGGGAUGCUGUAAAAUAUAUUUGCAACUCAGUCCCCCCCCUCCCCCGGCUUAUAAAUAGAUAGAUAACUGGGACGUGAGAGAGUAAGUGAUGUUAAGGAUAGGGGUGCAGCCUGAAUUUGGAUAAUUUUCAGUUUGUGUAACGUGUGCCUUUACGUUACGCGCAUGGAUUUUAUUAUGUUUGAUGUGGAUCACUUCAAAAUGAACACUUAUUCACAUUGUUCUUCUGUAUUACGUUAGAUUGUUCAAAAUCAUAACUCAUGGAAAAGACUUACAGCACUGGUUACAUCAUUUCAUUUUAUUUUUAUGACUCUGCUCUCUGCUCUAUUAUUCUCUGCUCCUCUUUAAAACCUUGUAUAUAUGAGGAAGGUGACUAGCAUUUAAAUUUUAAUAUUUUAAAAUAUACUUUUUCAAGUUGAUAUUACUUUAUACUAGUACUUCUAAUGACUUUUGUUCACAUCAAAAUAUGAGUACGUUUACACUGCAUACCUGCCCUGUGGGUUUUAUCCGAACCUGUUCUAGUUAAACUGUAAUACCAGAUUUUAGCUAGUGUUAAUUACCUGUCCCAUCAGUGUAGGGUACCUGAAAAGUGAGGCAGAUAGUUGUCCUAUCGAUAUAUGUGGGUCACUAUCCACGGAGGGAUCAGAUAUUUUUAUGAAGUUUUUGGGGGCUCAUAUAUUAGUGAAUCUCCAGGGGAUGGAGCUAUCAGUAUGUGGGCUGAUAGCUUAGUGUAGUUACUGUGAGGGUUGAGGGGUUGGAGAAGAGAUGUUUUUUGGCUAAUGUAUCUA